AUGCCUGUGCAACUGCUCCCGGCUUCGGCCGCCGCCUUUGCUCCUCGAGCUUCCUCAGUCAACGUCGUCCUCGGCUCCAAGAUCGAGCCCUGGCUUACCCAGACCCUCAAGCGCAUCAACCGCGUCAAGCGUCCUCUCAACAGCGUGCCCCAGCACCAGCGAUGCCUCACCGAGACCCUGUCGUCCUCCAAUGCCAUCUGGACCCUGACGUCGCUCAUGCUCCCCAAGACGCCCGAGGCUGAGUUCAAGCGGGAUCCCACCAACCCGCUCUUCGAGGCCAUCCUCAACUACCAGCUCGUCCACGUCGAGGCCUACAUCGUCCACGUCGACAUGGUCCUGCGCAACGAGGUCGCUUACAAGCUCACCGUCGACACCAUCGAUGCCCUGGUUGAGUACCACAAGGAGGUCUUCUGCGUCGACGCCAAGGCCAGCACCUACGACUGGUCCGAGAAGGAGCAGCAGUGCAAGAAGCUUCACGAGGACUUCGUUCAGGCCAUCAACAGGUUCGUCUUCCGCACCCACGUCUCGGCCCUCGAGGGCCUUGAGGAGGAGGGCGCCGGCGAGCUGUUGUGCGGCAAGAGCGAGGAGGUCAAGACCAACAUCUCGAACCUCAUGAAGCCUCUUCUCCCUCCCCCUCCGCGUGUCGUCGAUGUUAUCCGACAGCCCCCGCUGCUGCCCAGCUCUUCCGUCAACAACAUGUGGUCGCAGCCCACCCUCCAGAGCAACAUGCACGCCGUGGAUGCCUGGAGAGUCCUGCCCUCCAGCCCCAGCGUCACCUCUACCUCGGUCGACUCCAACACCAGCCCCAUCUGGGCCCCCAUGGGUAUGAGCGACGUGCAGCUGUCCCCGACUCCCGCCUACAGCCAACCUCACUCCACAGCCGGCUACUUCUUCAGCUCCCCACAGGCCACGGCCCCGAUCCCGGCCCUGCCUCUACCCAGUAUGCUCGCUCCCGUCCAGUGCGGCGUCAGCUUGGGCAUGGGCAUGAGCAGCGUCAUGGGUGCAAACAUGGGCGGCUUCGGCUGGGAUCGCUACCAGGAGUAUGCGACCAUCAUGUGA